UCCAAUAGGGUCGCACGUAAGGCGGGGCCUGAAGAUCAUACUUGGUUGAAUGGCAAUACAAAGACAUGAAGCACCAAAACGGAUGAUAACGCUUAAUCAAUUCUGUGUGCUUCGGUCUUGAGAAUCUGCAGGGAAAGGACGUGCAGCUCGUCCGGCACAGUCAAUACGCGGCUCUUUUCGAGCAGGGCGGUUUCGACGCUCCUGUGGCGUGACAAUUCAUCUCUCAUCUAGACGCCAGCGCUGAUGAUGUUGCUGCUACUGCACCAGGAGCUUUGGAGAUACCUAUCUGCACAGCACGGAUGAAGACUCCUUCGCUAAAGGACACUUGUGAGGUCAUCUCGGGGUGACGCAACUUACCAUGCAGGAGCGUUGGAAAGCUCAGUUUUUCACUGCAAUCGUGAUCAUGUAAUCAUCUAGUGGGCUGCGACCACAUAUUCACAGGUGUACAGCUUGUGUGGAUCAGUGCAUCAAUGCGUACGCACCAUGGAGUCGUACUCUGCGCGGUCAUCUCUCACCAAACCACACUUUUGCGGACACUAUUUGCUCCUGUCAUGAAAACGUGGAGAUCAAGCGUGAUGGGCGUAGGGUCAGUUCUCAUUGAUUUGGACUAAACGACGCGGCUUUAAGAAGUGUACGAAUUAAAUAGUGACUUUUUUUUUUCUUUAGAAAGAAAUUGCUAAAUUAUUCAAUGUAAAUUGAGUUGGGGGCACAAUCUCGUGCUAACGCAAAUUGUCAUUUGGCGCCACUAGCACAGCUAUCGAAAUGUCAGUUACCCGAAAGACUUUUUAAACUAAACACUGAAGUUGUGACACAUUUGUGAUAAGUAAAUGUAUACUAAAGUGAUCGUCCGAAACUGAUCGCAAUGGAAAGCUCGCGAGCAGCGUAACGUUACUGUUGUUAUGGUAACCUCAUCUUGCUAAAGCGACUUCUGUUUGUUAGCGUCUACUCGGCGACAGGUGAAAAUACGCUCUCUGACUAACUUAUCUAACUUUUAUUAGUGUUGAAACUUUGAAACCCACAUAUAGGCCUACUUACAUAUACUGUAUACUUGUGUGCUUUCGUUACGUUCGCUAUCUUUUGUUUUUAUCUCCGCAGAGGGGUUGGAGAAUGGUAAUUUGUACCCAGAGGUGGUUUGUGUUUAUGAAUUGAAAUGUGGCGCACAAUUACUCCCUCUGCCGUUAACGUCCUCUAAUGCUCUGGCCAACUGAGGAUGUGUCCCUAAUGACUACUUUGUAUAGCCUAUUUAAUUAUAUAAAGUCCUCUAUUUAUUAAUAAUGAUGUCAAAUGAGCUAAUUGAUUAGCGAAAUGCGUUUCUCUUUCGCAGAGACUUCAAUAAUUGUACUCCAUUCACAUUGGUCCUGUACUUUAUAAAAGCAUAUGCGAAAUGCUGCAAUGAAAAACUCUUCAGGACCACUUUUACUAUCUCAGUUUUUACGUGUAGAUCUCACAGAUAACUUUGAUGUAACGUUACUUUUCUUGUUUUAAAUCACCAACUACAACGUUGUGUCUUGAAUUGGCAAAAUGGCUCUCUAAUAUAACAUUUCACUAAAAUAAUGAGCCCCUCUUUAGUUUAUAAACGAUUUAUUUUGGAUCAUAUACUUGAUUGAUUUGAUGGACAUAUGUAUACAGUGUACGAAUAAUUAAUUGACUUGCAGUGGAGUCAAAUUUUCUGUCAAAAUCUGUCAUUGAACUGCUUCUGUUCGUAUGGCGCCUUACAUUAUAGGCUAUAUUCGUGGAGUGUAAAUCAAUAAUAAUUUCAUAAAUAAUGAUAGUAGUUAUGCAUCGUUGGAUUAUUACGCAGCUGUUGCUAUGGUCACCUCCUCAAGCAAAGGCGAUUUCUGUUCUGUUUUUAUAGGACUAACUUUCGUGGCUACUGAAACGUUAUUUGAAAACAUUGCUGUACCGUAUGUAACAACGAAACAAACUUUGCAAGACCCCCUUGACCUUUUCUUUGAACUGAAAUAAUCAGGGAGUCAAACCCCCAUGUUUCGCACCCUGUAGUCAUAAAGUGCAUGUAGUAGUCGAGAUCAUGUCCAGAUCUAACAGCGUGAGCCCACCCGGCGCUGGCGCUCCUGUACUGAGGGGAGGGACGGAGCACAGAUCCGCUUGGGGCGAGUCUGAGUCCGUGGCGAACGGAUGUCCAUACUCGGCCAGAUCCUCCUGCAAAAAGCUCAUACGGUCCAACAGUCGAUGGAGAGAGGACGAUGACUUCGAGCGACAACCGGGCCGAGCCACGACCACCGUCAGCCGGGUUAGUUUCAGAUCCAAGUCUGCUUGGCAAGAACACGGAGAGGAGAGUCGCAACAAUAACCGAUCGUCCCCGAGGUACCGAGAUGGAGAAGUGAGACCCAAGUCCGUGGAGUUGGGUUUGGAGGACAGGAGAACCAAGUCCAAGCCAGAGGAGGAGCUCAUGCCUGAAGUGAACUUUUCCAUGAGCGCGUGCUGCAACAGCGUGAUGCAGAUUUUCAAAUCCAAGAAGUUCCAGUCGGAGAAGUUGGAGAGGCUUUACCAGCGCUACUUCUUCCGACUCAACCAGAGCAGUUUGACGAUGCUCAUGGCCGUUCUUGUGCUGGUGUGCGCGGUGAUGCUGGGGUUCCACUGCGCUGGAGCGGCUUUUUGGGCCACUUACGUGGUGGUUUUCUCCACGGCAAUCGUACUCAUCCUCACGCUGAUUGUCGUGUGCAACAGGAACGGCUUCCAUCAGGAUCACAUGUGGAUAGUUUGCUAUGUGCUCAUUUUGCUGGUGCUGGCUGUACAUGUGAUCGGCGUGCUGCUGGUGGAGCCGCGGAGCGCGUCUGAAGGCAUCUGGUGGACCAUGUUUUUCAUCUAUGUCAUUUACACACUUCUGCCGGUGCGGAUGAGAGCAGCGGUCAUCACUGGAAUUAUACUGUCUGCCAUCCAUGUGGGGGUCUCGUGGAAGUUAAACGAAAGGGACGUCUUUUUGUGGAAACAGCUCGUGUCCAAUGUCCUGAUUUUCUCCUGCACUAAUAUUGUUGGUGUAUGCACACACUACCCAGCAGAAGGUUCACAGAGACAAGCCUUCCAGGAGACCAGAGAAUGUAUUCAAGCUCGUCUGCACUCUCAGAGAGAAAACCAGCAACAGGAACGCCUCCUCCUCUCUGUGCUUCCUCGACAUGUCGCCAUGGAGAUGAAAGCUGACAUAAAUGCCAAACAAGAGGAUAUGAUGUUCCACAAGAUCUAUAUUCAAAAGCAUGACAAUGUGAGUAUCCUCUUUGCCGACAUUGAGGGCUUCACCAGUCUGGCUUCCCAAUGUACUGCCCAGGAGUUAGUGAUGACCCUCAACGAGCUCUUCGCACGAUUCGACAAACUAGCUGCCGAGAAUCACUGUCUGCGGAUUAAGAUCCUGGGCGACUGCUACUAUUGCGUGUCGGGGCUGCCCGAGGCCCGUGCCGACCAUGCGCACUGCUGCGUGGAGAUGGGUGUGGACAUGAUCGAAGCAAUCUCGUUGGUGAGGGAAGUCACUGGCGUCAACGUCAACAUGCGUGUGGGUAUACACAGCGGGCGUGUCCACUGCGGGGUGCUGGGAUUAAGAAAGUGGCAGUUUGAUGUCUGGUCCAAUGAUGUCACCUUGGCCAAUCACAUGGAAGCUGGGGGCAAAGCAGGGCGAAUCCAUAUCACUAAGGCCACUCUGAAUUACCUAAAUGGGGAUUAUGAUGUGGAACCUGGAUUUGGUGGAGAAAGAAACGUCUAUCUCAAGAAGCACAACAUUGAAACCUACCUCAUUGUGGGCUGCAGUCAGAAGCGGAAAGAAGAAAAGGCCAUGAUUGCUAAGAUGAACCGGCAACGAACCAACUCGGUCACUCAUAAUAGCACUCACUGGACCGACCGGCCCUUCUACAAUCACCUGGGUGGCAAUCAGGUUUCCAAGGAGAUGAAGAGGAUGGGAUUUGAGGAUCCCAAAGACAAACAUUUCAUUUUCAGAAACACGCAAGAAAACCUGAACCCAGAGGAUGAGGUGGAUGAGUUUCUGGGCCGCGCCAUUGACGCUCGAAGCAUCGACCGGUUACGGUCCGAACACGUCAAGAAAUUUCUGCUGACAUUCCGAGAACCUGACCUGGAGAAGAAGUACUCCAAACAGGUAGACGCCAGGUUUGGAGCAUACGUAGCCUGCGCCUCCCUCGUCUUUUUAUUCAUCUGCUUCAUUCAGAUAGUCAUUGUGCCACACUCGGGGCUGAUGGUUGGCUUCUAUAUUCUGUGCCUGGUCCUCCUGAUGGCUGUUAUGUUCAUCUCAGCCAUUUACUCCUGUUUUGGGUUUUUCCCUGUGCCUCUGCAAACUCUGUCAAAAAGGAUUGUUCAGUCCAGACUCAACAGCACCCUGGUGGGAGUUUUUACAAUCGUCCUGGUCUUUCUCUCCGCUUUCAUUAACAUUUUCACCUGCAGUACAGAUGACCUGAGGAUGUGUUUAGGGCAGGAGUUUAACAUCAGCCCCAGAGAUGUGAACACUUGUCAUGUCCUCAGCUCUUCAUUCAACUAUUCUCUCUGGUCUCAGGACAGCCUCUGCAACAGCUCAUCACCCACCUGCAAUUUCCCAGAGUACUUCUCUUCAUGUGUGCUGCUCAGUUUACUGGCCUGCUCAGUGUUCCUACAGGUCAGCAGUAUUGGUAAACUUUUCCUCAUGCUCUUCAUCGAGAUCCUGUAUGUGCUUAUCAUGGAGGUGCCUGAGGUCAGCCUUUUUGACAAUGUGGACCUGCUGGUCAUGGCCAAUGCCUUAGAGAGUCUCAAUGGAACAUGCAACUCUACGACAGACAUGCGGGUUCCUCUAAAGAUCAUGACUCCAGUAGUCAUCACGGUCUUUGUGCUAGCGCUCUACCUUCACGCACAGCAGGUGGAGUCCACUGCCAGACUGGACUUUCUCUGGAAGUUACAGGCUACAGAGGAGAAGGAGGAGAUGGAGGAACUUCAGGCCUACAACCGUCGGCUUCUCCACAACAUCUUGCCCAAAGAUGUGGCUGCACACUUUCUGGCUCGCGAGCGGCGGAACGACGAACUGUAUUAUCAGUCGUGCGAAUGUGUGGCUGUCAUGUUUGCCUCCAUCAGCAACUUCUCUGAGUUCUAUGUGGAACUGGAGGCCAAUAAUGAAGGUGUUGAGUGCUUGAGACUUCUCAACGAGAUCAUCGCUGACUUUGAUGAGAUCAUUAGUGAGGAUCAGUUUCGUCAACUAGAAAAGAUCAAAACCAUUGGCAGCACCUACAUGGCUGCGUCUGGGCUUAAUGACUCCACUUAUGAUAAAGCAGGAAGGUCGCACAUUCGCGCUCUAGCAGACUACGCCAUGCGCCUCAUGGACCAGAUGAAGUACAUCAAUGAGCACUCUUUUAAUAACUUCAAAAUGAAGAUCGGUCUCAACAUGGGUCCCGUCGUGGCUGGUGUCAUAGGGGCUCGUAAACCGCAAUAUGACAUAUGGGGGAAUACUGUGAAUGUAGCCAGCCGUAUGGACAGCACUGGGGUACCUGAGAGAAUACAGGUCACAACUGACCUCUACCAGGUUCUCAACUCAUAUAACUACACACUGGAGUGCAGAGGCGUUGUGAAGGUGAAGGGCAAAGGAGAAAUGACGACCUACUUCCUAAACGGAGGACCCAACAGCAGUUAACACUCAGCGUCUGAUAGUCAGAACAUUUUUGAGAUGAUAUGGCGACGAGACGCUGUGGUCCGGGCCAGCCAGGCUGUUGACGGGCAUCCUCCUGGACCAAUCACAAUAGGAUGCAUUUGGAAACCCAGUCUAAGAGUGGCCUCUUUGCACACUGAGACUUCCUAUAGGAUUAACAGAGGGCUUUGCCCCCUUUAUUUAAGGUAUGGAACAGCUCAGAAAGACGUUCAACCUCAGAGACCAAAGAAACAAAGGAAUCUCAAGGCAUACAAAGCAGUUCUCCCUGUCUUACAUUUCUUAUAUUGCCAAGAGAGGACAGAUGCACUGCAUUCUCUGCACCUGGCUUUGGCUCUCUCAGGUGUGGCAGGACUGCGAUCUUACUCCACCAACUGGUCCUGGUGGCUCCAAAACAAAACUGCAUGAAAACACUGAAGCCAAUAUACUUGUAAAACACACGUUUUAUGUGUAUAUGAUUCGUCAGUGUAUGUAAAGAGUUCUGUUCAUACGGUCCUGUCGCGUUCUACACUGUCUAGGUGAUAUCGCGAUAGAUAGAGAUAUCACAAUGAGCUAAUAUAUGGUAGAAGGCCAUAGUGAGCACAGCAGCUUCACAAACCCUUUAUGGUUCCCCGAACUUUGCUACAGCGACUGUGGUUGUUACUGGUAAGGGAGCUAGUGUUGACAGUGUUACCUCUGAGCGAUCCAGAGUUGAGAAUAAAGCCCCGUUCUCGCCGCCAGCAACUUGAAACGACCCGAAGUCAUUAAUUUUCAUAGCCGGGUUGUGGCCAGGUCCAACGGUGCAACAAACGUUUAGCCGGAGCGAUUUGUCGACCGGUUUUCAUUUAACAACUGGAGUUGAGAAUCAGCUUGUAGUCAGCAAGUGCAGGUACAGUAUUAAAUACUGAUGCGUAUUAUAUGACAAUUAAGUUUGUGUGGACCCAAAUAGCCUGUCGUUUGUGCUUUUGGUACAGAUAAAUGGCAUUCCACAAGGACAAAGAGCACAUACUGAUUCUCAUUCUUCUUUAAUAUGACGCAUACUUAUAUACGUUUUUCCUUCCAAAAUGAUCAUUUUAGCAGAAUAGACCGAUUUGAUGUCAACAAGGGAUGAGAUGGACCAAAGAAGCUACCAGUGUGGCUUAACGAGAAAGUUUCCGGUGGCAUGAACGUGGCUUGAGACUUCAACAAAUUUACAUUCACAAAACUGCACACUAUUAAAGAUAGAGGAAAAUGGCCAAACGUGGCUGUUUUUGUAUUUUUAACAUUUUAUAUUUUGACUCCAAAAGCCAAACUGUCAAAGCUAUUUUAGAUUAUAUAUUUUGUACAUUAAUAUAUUAAAAUAAUGUCUAUAAACACCAGUGUGUAUUUAUAUAUAUAUAUAUAUAUAUAUAUAUAUAUAUAUAUAUAUAUAUAUAUAUAUAUAUAUAUAUAUAUAUAUAUAUAUAUAUAUAUAUGCUACAGUCCUGCACAUUUGAACAGGAGGGGAGACACAAAUUAUCAGCCACCCUUUUUUUGUCACUGCAUCCAUUUAAAUAAAAUCAGUAGCUAACCUUGUAACCAAGUAAGGAGAAUAUGUUUGGCUUUUCUCCAAAAAGGGUUUCUGUAUCCUGUCAAGUACACUACAAUGUAAUUAUGAGAAGAAAAUGGAUUUGUAGGACGAGAAAUGGCAAGUGAGUGUUUCAGAACAGCCACAGUCGUUUAAAGCUUGGCAAACACAUCUGCAAAUAUUGAUUUUAGCCUUGGGUUUAUGGUGCGUGGGACAACGAGAUCCUCUAGGGAUGUUUCCGUUAUGCCACAAAUAUUCACCAUGUUUGCACUGCAGCUCGACCAGCAUUCCCUUCCCUCUCAGUUCAGUGUGAUGGUACGACCCAAUGAAUGUCCAUUUUCUCCAAUGAGGCCUUUGUAUGUGAAGACUUUGAGUUUGUACACAAACAUAUAGGGUACUCCAUAAAAUGUUUUUUUUUUUUUUUUUUUCCUCCUUCUUCUUCUUUUUUUGCUUUACCUGUUUCAGAUCUUCAGUCCAUUCAGAGAGGAUUAUGAUAUAAUGUUUUGAGAAAAUCUGCAUUUCCUUGAAAGUGUUAUGAAACGGUAAACUAUAUUUGGUCCUGUUCUAGUUUUUCAAAACUUGGACUCAGCUGGGCUUCCAGAGUCACUUCAGUCUUUAUUUCCCACAAGAAAAUCAGUGCCAUUUUUUUCUUGCCAGCAAAUUUAAAAUAAAAUACCUGGUUGAAUGUU